AUGAAUCGCUAUACAGUGUCGAAGCAGUUAGGGGAUGGUACCUAUGGAAGUGUCAUCCUUGGCAAUGUCAAGGAAACUGGGGAGAAAGUUGCUAUCAAGAAGAUGAAAAAGAAAUAUUAUUCAUGGGAGGAAUGUUUAGAUUUACGUGAGGUCAAGUCAUUAAGAAAGUUAAACCAUCCAAAUAUAAUCAAGUUAAAAGAAGUAAUUAGAGAAAGUGAUAUGCUAUAUUUCGUUUUCGAAUUUAUGAAAGAAAAUUUAUACCAGAUGACAAAGGAAAGGAGUAAAUUAUUUCCUGAGUCUGUUAUUAGAAAUAUAAUAUAUCAAGUUUUACAAGGCUUAGCUUUCAUGCACAAACAUGGAUUCUUUCACCGAGAUUUAAAACCUGAGAAUUUACUAUGUUCUGGUCCAGAUUUAGUUAAAAUAGCUGAUUUUGGUUUAGCUAGGGAAAUCAGAUCUCGACCUCCAUACACAGAUUAUGUUUCUACAAGAUGGUACAGAGCUCCAGAGGUCUUACUACGCUCUACCAGUUAUAGUUCACCUAUUGAUGUAUGGGCUAUUGGUACCAUCAUGGCAGAACUCUACAUGCUAAGACCUCUCCUUCCUGGAAGUUCAGAGAUAGAUCAGAUAUUUAGAACUUGUAACACAUUGGGCACUCCAAGACAGGAAGAAUGGAAGGAGGGCUAUCAAUUAGCAUCAGCUAUGAACUUUAAAUGGCCUCAAUGUACAGCAACUAGUUUAAAAUCAUUAAUACCCAAUGCCAGCAAUGAGGCCUUACAUUUGAUGAAAGAUAUGAUGAUGUGGAAUCCAGCCAAACGACCUUCAUCAGCUCAAAGUUUACGAUAUCAAUAUUUUCAAGUUGGUCAGAAUCUUGGUAUUCAGCCAAGACCACCGUUUUCUAGUAAUGGUAUAAAUGCAGCAGAUCGUAAAUCCCCAGUUCAAUCUCCUCCUAGAACCAUACCAGACAAUAAACCUUUAUCAGAUAACCUAUCUUCAUUAUUACCAACUAUCUCUAAUACCAAAAAAGAAGAAAGUGUAAGUUUAUAUUUUGUUAUGAAUACUUAG